CGGAACUCGAACCUGAGAGGCGGGGCCCACGGCACCACUCCUCCAGUCAGCGCCGGGCGUGGAAGCAGUCCAGCCAAUUGUGGUCUCCGAAGCAGCCAGGGACCGGGCCGGCUGCUGGUCCGGGGAAGAACGGUUAGGAGGCGGCAGAGGGAGGCCGCGCCAAGUCGUUGGUUUUCCGUCGUUGACGCAGCGCGAUGACGUAGCGUCCCCGACAUUCCAUUUCCAAGAUGGCUGCGGUCGGCGUGGAGAGACGUCGCUAAGAGGCUUACCUGAGGCGAGGGCAUCUGUCACUGUUGACUACCACCUCGGGCUUAAAGCUGGUACCUUUCGGUUCCUCCUUCAGGCGCCACCCUUCUCUGUCAGUCAAACAAACUUGAAGUCAUCUCUUGCCAUUCUUUGCCUCACAGCCAGUUAUGAUGCCUCUCCACUCCCGUUGUCGGGGGCAGGCCCUCCUUAGAUUCUAACAUUUUCAGAAAAUCUUUUGGAAAGAACAAGUCUGCUUCAAUAAAUGAAGGAGAAUAAAGAAAAUUCAAGCCCUUCGGUAACCUCAGCAAACCUGGACCACACAAAACCAUGUUGGUACUGGGAUAAGAAAGACUUGGCUCAUACACCCUCACAACUUGAAGGACUCGAUCCAGCCACGGAGGCCCGGUACCGCCGAGAAGGGGCUCGGUUCAUCUUUGAUGUGGGCACGCGUUUGGGACUACACUAUGAUACCCUGGCAACUGGAAUAAUUUAUUUUCAUCGCUUCUAUAUGUUUCAUUCCUUCAAGCAAUUCCCAAGAUAUGUGACAGGAGCUUGUUGUCUGUUUUUGGCUGGGAAAGUAGAAGAAACACCAAAAAAAUGUAAAGAUAUCAUCAAAACAGCUCGUAGUUUAUUAAAUGAUGUACAGUUUGGCCAGUUUGGAGAUGACCCAAAGGAAGAGGUAAUGGUUCUGGAGAGAAUCUUACUACAAACCAUAAAGUUUGAUUUACAAGUAGAACAUCCAUACCAAUUCCUACUCAAGUAUGCAAAACAACUCAAAGGUGAUAAAAACAAAAUUCAAAAGUUGGUUCAAAUGGCAUGGACAUUUGUAAAUGACAGUCUCUGCACGACCUUGUCACUGCAGUGGGAACCAGAGAUCAUAGCAGUAGCAGUGAUGUAUCUCGCAGGACGUUUGUGCAAAUUCGAAAUACAGGAAUGGACUUCCAAACCCAUGUACAGGAGGUGGUGGGAGCAGUUUGUACAGGACGUCCCCGUGGACGUUUUGGAAGAUAUCUGCCACCAAAUCCUGGAUCUCUACUCACAAGGAAAACAACAGAUGCCUCACCACACACCCCAUCAGCUGCAGCAGCCCCCAUCUCUGCAGCCGACACCACAAGUGCCACCAGUGCCACCAUCACUGCCGCCUCCAGGCUCUGACCCGCCCCCACCACCGCAGAAGGACACUCAGCAGUCAGCCCCGCCGCCACCAGCCCCACCGCCCCGGAAGCCCUCCCCCCAGCCCAGUCCUCCCCGACCAGCCAAACGAGCUGUGGUUGUUUCUCCCAAGGAAGAGAAAGCAGCAGAACCACCACCACCUAAAAUUCCCAAAAUUGAGACCACUCACCCUCCAUUACCUCCAGCCCACCCACCUGCAGACCGGAAGCCCCCCCUCGCGGCUGCCUUAAGUGAGGCUGAGCCACCGGGCCCUGUGGAUGCCAGUGAGCUGCCCAAAGUCCAGAUUCCUCCUCCGGCCCACCCAGCCCCUGUGCACCAGCCACCACCGUUGCCGCACCGGCCACCACCGCCCCCACCUUCCAGCUACAUGACCGGGAUGUCCACCACCAGCUCCUACAUGUCCGGAGAGGGCUACCAGAGCCUGCAGUCCAUGAUGAAGACCGAGGGCCCAUCCUACGGCGCCAUGCCCCCAGCCUACGGCCCGCCAGCCCACCUGCCCUACCACCCACACGUGUACCCCCCCAACCCUCCCCCCCCACCGGUGCCCCCUCCUCCAGCCUCCUUCCCCCCAGCUGUCCCCCCCGGAGGACAGCCCCGNCCCCCAGCCUACGGCCCGCCAGCCCACCUGCCCUACCACCCACACGCAGUCCCACCUCACCCUCCUCCAGGCCUGGGCCUGCCACCAGCUAGCUACCCGCCCCCAGCUGUCCCCCCCGGAGGACAGCCCCCCGUGCCCCCACCCAUUCCCCCACCCGGCAUGCCUCCAGUUGGGGGGCUAGGGCGGGCAGCCUGGAUGAGAUAGCCUGAUGCCUUUUUAUCCCUUUGUUUUUUUUUAACAAAUGUUUUUCUAAUAAACUUGAAGAGGAGUUCAAGGGGGUAAACAGCAGGUUACCUGUGUAAUACUAGAGUUUUACAGUGUGGGAGGAAGCGGACGGGACCACGAGAUGAAAUCCGGUGGUCCUCCGACGUGUGGAGCAGGGAGACGGCGGCUUUCGGUGGAGCCUGGGCGCCAGCCGUGCCUGACUGGCCCCGUUUCAGCUGGUGUCACCGGAGCCCUGCACCCGGCUGCUUUACGCUGGUGAGGAUGUUAACCAGCCAUAUUGGCUCAGCAAAGAGCUUCGGUCAGGAGUGAAUUUCCUUCUAGAGAUCAGUGCCUAUUUUUCCUGGAAACUCAAGUUUUCAAUAUUUCAGUUCCAUCUGAAGUUAAGCUGUUGUCAUCACUUUAAUUCUGUGAUGUCCUCUCCCGUGACACCCAGUAAAUCAGGUGAACCUCUUUUUUUAUUAAGGAGAUAUUUACGUCUUUUGUAUUAAAGUUACUUUGAAGGGGUUGCCUUGGAUGGCUUUUUGCUUGUUCCUCCAGGGAGAAGGGGAGAAAUGUACCGAGAACGUAAAGUAUGUUUACACGGAUUUGCAAAUUCCUGUACAGAGAUAUAUUUUUUAAGUGUGACUGUAACAGCAUACUGUGAAUUCCACCUUGGUUACAAACAAGACUCCUUCAGUCAGUUAUUCAAAUAAAAUCAUUCUGAAAGUA